AUGGCAUUGACGGGGUUACUCGUGAAGGCCAUUGGCCUUGGAGCAAUCUUUCUCAUCACCCGAUACGUUCUGGCCUAUCUACAAUCACCACUCAAAACUAUACCUGGUCCCUUCCUAGCCCAAUUCUCCGAUAUCUGGCGAUUCCUGAAUCACUAUGGACAAACUCAUAUCGAGACGCAGAGGAAACUCCAUGAACAGCAUGGCGAUGUUGUUCGUCUUGGUCCUAACACCGUUAGUGUUGCUGAUGCUAGUCUAAUCAAGACCAUUUACAACACCCGCGGAACAUACUUGAAGAGCGAUUACUACACCAUCAACGAUGCCCUUCAAGAUGGUCGUAUCAUUCAGAACAUCUUCAGCACGCGCAGCAACGAGUUCCAUUCCAAAGGUGUCAAGCCUAUUCAAAAGUUGUACAGCCUUCAAAACGCCCUCCAAAUCGAAAGUAUCAUGGACGACGACCUCCGUACACUAUGCGCCCAACUCGAUGCUCGUUUCGUGGAAGGUGCCAACAAGGGCAAGACAUGCGAUAUCGCAGACUGGAUCUCAUUCUUUGCUUGGGACUUCUUGGGUGAUAUGACAUGGAGCAAGCGUAUUGGUUUCAUGGAACAGGGUACGGAUGUUGGCGAUAUGCUUGGGACCGCUGAACGUGUUAUGCGCUAUUUCUCAGUAGUCGGCCAAAUCCCUGCUCUCGACAAGUGGCUUGGAAAGAACCCUAAGUGGCCACGCUCGCUCUACAAGUUUGACGACUUCUCUGUGGCUGCCGGUUUCUCUGUCGAGCGCUUCAUGGAGCGUAUGCAGAAACCUGAACUUGGCGAUGGGAAGAAUGACUUUCUCAACGGCUUUCUCGAAGCGAAAAAGGAGUUUCCAGAGCUUGUUACCGACAAUGAGGUUAUCGGAUACAUGAUCAUCAAUAUUCUCGGCGGUGCCGAUACCCUUGCCAUUGUUAUAAAAGGUAUCUUCUACCACAUCCUCAAAUCACCAGCCUCGAAAGCACGCCUCGUCGAAGAACUUCUUUCCGCACACCUUGCGUUCCCCGCAUCGUACACUACAAUCGAACAGCUACCCUACCUGGAUGCAUGCAUCAAAGAAGGCCUUCGCAUGCAUCCCGUCGUUGGCCAUAUUCUCGAGCGCGUCGUGCCUUCAGCUGGCCUUGCACUACCUAACGGAACGACAUUGCCACCAGGCACGAUCGUUGGCAUGAAUCCCUGGGUUAUUCAUUACAAGGAGAGCAUCUUUGGCGCGAAGCCAUAUGAGUUCCGUCCAGAGCGCUGGUUGCAAAGCGAACAAGAAGAUGUUGGCGCUUACGAGGCCAGGAUCAAGAAGAUGAAAGAUGCGGAUAUGGCAUUCGGAGGAGGAAACAGAAUCUGUAUCGGCAGGCCAUUGGCUCUGAUUGAAGUCUACAAAGUAGUUGCGACGGUGUUCGGAAGAUACAAGAUUGAGCUCGAAGAUCCAAGCAAAGAGUGGGAUCUUCACAAGCAAUGGUUCGUAUGGCCGCAUGAUAUCAAAGUUAAGCUGGACCCAUUCGAGAGCGUCAGCGCGCCCUGA